AUGGAAUACCAGAAACAAGCUCUAAAAUUACCAGUUAUAAACUUUGAUAUAAUUACAUCGAAAAGUGGUAAUGGUUUAAAAGAAAAACGACAUGGUGAUUUACUACCAAAUACAAUAAGAUGUGCGAUAACUGGAGGAAGUAAUUGUGAGAACAUGUUUGUGGAAGAGGCUCUUGAAGCUGCGUUUCAGAGGGAGGAUUUUAACGCUCGAGAGGUUGCAGAAGGAGUACGAGGAGCAACCAAUGGAAGUCAUCAUCAUGAAGAGGAUACAGGAUACGAUGCUGACGAUGAGGUAGCCAGCGAAGAUCAGCAUCUUUCAAUGGACAUACCUUUUAUUGACUUGAUCAGCGAUAAUGAUGAUGAUGUAAUACAUUUGAUCAGAGACACGCGUGAUCAAGAAUAUGAAGAUGAUGAUGAUGAUGAUGACGAUCAGGAUGCUUCAAUGGAUAUUCCAGUCAUUGACUUGGUUAGUGAUGAUGAUGAUGAUGAAGAUGACGAUGAUGAUGAUGAUGCAGACACCGUCAUUUUGGAACCAGAGGAGCUGGUUCGGAGGGUCGAGGAUGCAGAUUUCUACAAUUGCUCCUAUACGCCAAGUUAA